AUGUCGCCGCCAAUUCCAAACUCCCACCCCCAAACCCCUUCUUCUGCUCUAAACCCCAACACACCGCCUUUUAACAACCCACCGGCGCCUCGCCGCUCAACGCCGCUCGCUCUUCUUCCCUCUCCUCCGACCAAGACCCAAACCCACACCGACGCCAAAAUUUCGCCUCUCCCUCUCAAACCCACCGCCGCCGGCGAUCAUUCCCAUGCCUUCUUCUAUCACCCGGCUGUAAUCCCCAACCCUAAUCGACUCUUCUUCUACUACUACUGCUACCCUCUUCCUCAUACACAGCCCAAUGUGCUCCAUCCUUCCCCGGUCUACAUGAACAACAACAACUAUUACCACUCUGGAGGCUUCAGGCCGAUUGCCAUUUGCCCACAGCCAUCCCCACCGCCGCUCAUUCUGAAUCACGGUACGGAGACCGUUCCCGUUCCCGUCCCCGAACCCAAGCCGUUGCCCACUACUGUUGUGCCUAAUAAUGGUGGGGAUAGGGCUCUGAUAAUUUUUAGAAAUUUUUUAUAA